GCCAUAAAACCAAAUAUCACCAUUUCCAAGAUUCGCCACCAGCAAAUAUCAUGUACCCUUCUCAUCCACAAGACUAUCCUCCACAAUCAUAUUACCAACCACCGGCACCACCAGAAUCGAAUUACCAACCACCGCAGUAUGCCACAGGUAUUCCAGGUCAAUACGUGGUUCCUCAGCCCAUUAACGGGAAAUGGUCCAGCAGCCUUUGUGCCUGCUGCUCGGAUGUACCCAACUGUUGCUUAACAUGUUGGUGUCCAUGCAUUACUUUUGGACAAAUUGCUGAGAUUGUUGAUAAGGGGAAUACUUCCUGUGGAGUACAUGGAGCUCUUUAUGCAAUAAUUGCAGCAUUCACAUGUUGUGGAUGUUUGUAUUCUUGUAUAUUUCGGAGCAAGAUGAGGAGCCAAUAUGGACUGCAUGAGACUCCUUGCAACGAUUGCCUUGUUCAUGUCUGUUGCGAACCCUGUGCGUUGUGUCAAGAGUAUCGUGAGCUUAAACAUAAUGGAUUUGACAUAUCUAUAGGAUGGCAAGGUAACAUGGAGAGACAGAAUUAUGGAGUACAAAUGCCACCUAUGACUCCGGGAGGAAUGUACCGUUAAACUACACAUUCAUCACUUCAUUCACGAAUUAAAGAUAUUUUCCAUGGUGCAUUGAAUUUUAUGUUGGUAAAAAUGAUUCGACAGCAUAAUUGUUUCGUAAAAAACGCUCGCCAAAUUAUUGGUAAAUAUAUUUUCCUUGGUAUUUUGAAUGUUAUCAUAUUGUAAUAACGUGCGUGUAGCUUAAUCGUGAGUUGUAUUUAAUUUUUAUUUUAUAA